AUGGAAUUCCAAAAAUCACACUCAUUCCCGAGUACAACAAAAGGCGUGCGCGUCACGCGUGCACCAGACACAGUUGGCAUCACGUCACGGCGGCGGGCGGCAGUGGACACCGAUACGCGGCGUGUACGCACGUUUUGGGCAGUUCAGAUCUCAUUUAAAGAGUUACCGCAGCCGCCGCCGUACAGGGAGACUGAUGACAGCGGAGUACGCCUUCAGGGAUACAAUGAGCCGGUUACAACACCUGCUUAUGAAGUUAUAGAUUUGCUGGCAAAUUGCAAAAUAAGAUCAGCCGAUGACAAUCAAGAAUCUGACUGUGAAUACGCUGAAAUUAGAGAUAUGGGCCUGUGGCACUCCACGCCGCUUACGCACCGGCACAAGUCUAAAAUAUCACUGACUUGGGUGUUAAAUGAGAACAUGGAAAACGCGAAGCUACCAUCGGUAGAAAAGGUGAACAACGAGAACAAGACGAGGAAAUCAUUGGACAGCAACGUUGAUCGCCACCAGCGUCACAACCAGAGGUUCAAUGAAAACGAACGUUACAGAAAGUGCAAGUACAGAGAGGUGAAGGAGCGCGUCGUCGGUCGCAACGAAAAUUAUCACAAUUACAAGUUUCAAAAUUCGUGUGACAGUUUUGUGAAAGGACACGAUGUGUACUCGGACGAUACGAGUGUGUGUACAGAGCAUACGAGGAAGAAACACAGGCACAGGCACAGGAGAAAGAAGAAAAACAAUGGCAAGUUCGGAUAUGAUAUCAGAGAUUUGGAUAGCUUCUUGAGUGAGGCGUCCCUAGACCGGCCAGGCAAUAUCCCAGUAGUAGUUGCAUACCCAACUACGUUGUACCAGACCCAGAAGGAGAGCCAGCGCGAGCUGACGCUACCACUCGGCACCGUAGUCAACGCCGUAUUCAAGAACCAGCAGUGGUUGUUCGUGCAGACGCCGCACGCUCAGCAAGGUUACGUGGUGUAUAACGCGUGUCUGCCAUUGGGAAUAUUGCCCAACAAGCAGUCAAAUCAAAAGAAGACGCCAUGUUGGGAAAGCAGCACUGACAUAUACCCGCGUCCGUGUGGGAAUCUCACGGACACCGAGAAAGAACAUCUGCGCGGCAGAACCCGGUCCGAGUGCCAAUACCGACCCCAAAAUGACAAGCAGAAGUCCAGAAACUCCUGUGCAGAAAGGGACUUUGAUUCCCUAUAUUUAAAGACCAAAUCCGUAAAUUCCAUUAAUAGACUUCAUGAAAAAGAACACAAAAAUAUACCAGUGAAGAGACAAAUUUUAAUGGUUGUGAAUAGUGACUAUAAAGGAAGUGUGUUAAAUAGAACUUUGACAGUGCAGAAAGGGGAUGUUGUAGUUCUGAUGCAGGGAACCGGUUUAGAGGCAGACAUUGAUAUGGACUGGUUUUAUGUCAAGAUGAAGGAUGGAAGGCAAGGGUUCAUACCAGCUGCUAUAGCAGGACAUGGCUACAUAUGA